AUGAGAUUCUCCCAUUUCCUAAAAUAUAAUGCAGUUCCAGAAUGGCAGAACCAUUACAUGGAUUAUAAUGAAUUGAAGAAUUUGAUAUAUACUUUGCAAACCGAUGAGUUGAAAAGAAACCCUAAUACUGAGGAUCCUUUUGAUGACCUAGAGAAACAGAGUAAUAAUUCAAGUCCCAAGAGAAAAAAUUUCAAAGAUAAAUUAAAGAAAUUCUCCUUUACCAAGAAAAAUAAUUCAUCUGCUUCUAAUUCAAAUUCAUAUUUAAAUACACUACCACAUAAUGAUACAAUUAUAGAAUUACAAGAUUAUGAUUCACCUGAAAAAGAUCAAUCAGAUUCAAAUAAUACAAGCUCUACUAAGAAAAAUAAAAUUUCUACAAAGAUCCAUUCAUUGAAAAAGCCCAAAGAUUCGUUAUUUUCGUCAUCUCGUCAUUCAUCUAUAUCCUCCAAUGAUGAUAAAUCUUCCAUUGAAAACACUUAUGAUACAUUUGUCAAUAAAUUAACUGAUGAAAGAAACAAGGUAGAUGAUUUUUAUAAGAGAACUGAAUUGAAAUUGUAUGAAAAAUUUGAAAACUUAUUAUUAGAUUUACAAAAAGAACAUAUCAUUAAUCAUCAUGAUUCUAAUAUUUUACAAACUCAAGAUGGAAAUAGUAAUUUCUCAAGUGAACUUACAAUAGAAGAUGAAACAUCACCAUAUUUAAAGGGAAAUUUAAAUAAUUCUAAUGAUCUAAAGGAAACUGCCAUCAUCGAAGAGAUUCAUAAAUCAAGCAAGACUCCAGAUAUUGAAGCAUUAGAACAUACUUCCAUCACAGAAUUAAGAUCAAGAACCACUAUAGAUUACUCAGAAGAAGAUUUCGAUUAUGAAGAAGAUAUAGAACAAUAUGAUGAUCAAGAAAAUACAGCCCUUUUAAACUAUAACGAUUUUAAUAGUCAAUUCUCAAAAGAAAUCUUUAUUAAAACAAUACUAUUAUUAAUUUAUACAUUGAUUUGUGCCAAUUUGAAAUCUUUUAUUGAAUUAAAUUCUAUUGGGUUUACAAAAAUUACUAAAAAGGCUGAUAAAGUUCUACUAUUAACUACGAGAACUGAUUUAAUCCAAUCUCGUGUUUUCUAUAAUGAUAUUUACACUUUCCAAUGGGAUACUUUAGACGUUUUGAAUAAUAAAAUUUCUCAAUUAAUAGAAUUUUAUUCUAUUAUAACAAAUCAAUCUUUAAAUCUAGAAAAUUGUAAAAUGGAAUUGAAAUCUUUCUUACAUGACCAUAUUGUUUGGGAAAGAUCAAAUACUUGGAAGGAUAUGCUAGGCUUAUUAUCACAAACAAAUGAUGAAAUAUCUAAAAAUGAAGAGGAGGAGGCAAGAAGAUUGAAAUUAGGAUUAAGAUAUCGCGAUCUUCCGUUACCCAAACCUAUCAAUAUGGGCAAAUUAGGUACUAUCAAUAAUAUUAAAAUCCCUCUGUUAUUUUUCACUUGGAAAGCUGCAAAAAUUGCAUUCAUCAUAUUAUUUACUGGUCUUCUAUUAGGUAUUAAGACAAUGAAUGAUAGAGUAGAAGGUCGUUGUUUAGCUUUAGUAGAAUGCUGUGUUUUCCUUUGGGCUUUAGAAGCUAUUCCUUUAUUCACCACUGCAUUCUUAGUCCCAAUGUUAGUCGUCUUAUUUAAAGUGCUGAAGAAUGCAGAUGGUACUACAAUGGGGGCAGCCGCAGCAUCAGCCAAAACAUUAUCGACAAUGUGGUCAUCAACAAUUAUGAUUUUAAUUGCUGGUUUUACCUUAGGUGAAGCCUUAUCUCAAUAUGAAAUUGCAAAUGUAUUAGCAUCAUGGUUAUUAGCUGGUGCAGGUACAAAACCAAGUAUGGUUCUUUUAAUGUCAAUGGCAGUCGUGUUUUUCCUUUCUAUGUGGAUUUCUAAUGUGGCAUCACCAGUCUUGACAUAUUCUUUAUUAAAACCUGUCUUAGAUGAUUUAGAUGCUGAUACCCCUUUUGCCAAGGCUAUUAUCAUGGGUAUUGCAUUAGCAGCAGAUGUUGGUGGUAUGGCAUCUCCAAUUUCUUCCCCACAAAAUAUUAUCUCUAUGCAAUAUUUGGCUCCAUAUGGUAUAGGUUGGGGCCAAUUUUUUGCUGUUGCUUUACCUGUAGGUAUUUUGAUUACACUUUGUGCUUGGGGUAUUAUGUGUACAACAUUUAAGAUCAAUGAAACUAAAUUGAAAAAAUUCACCCCAAUUAGAACUGUUUUCACUUUAAAACAAUAUUUCAUCAUUUUUGUCACAAUAGGUACUAUUAUCUUAUGGUGUGUUGAAAAACAAAUUGAAGGUGCAUUUGGUGCAUCUGGUCAAAUUGCUGUCUUGCCAAUUGUUUUAUUCUUUGGUACAGGUCUCUUAACUUCUCAUGAUUUGAACACUUUCCCAUGGUCAACUGUUAUUUUAGCAAUGGGUUCUGUGGCAUUAGGUGAUGCUGUUUCUUCAUCUGGGCUAUUGAAAACCAUUGCUACUUCAUUACAAAAAAGAAUUGAACAUGAUAGUGUUAUGGCUAUUUUAUGUAUCUUUGGUGUCCUAAUGUUAGUUGUUGGUACUUUUGUAUCACAUACUGUCUCUGCAAUUAUUUUGAUUCCACUAGUUCAAGAAAUCGGUGAUUCUUUACCAGAUCCCAAAGCUUCUCCAGUCUUGGUGUUUGGUUGUGCAUUAUUAGCAUCUUGUGGUAUGGCUUUACCAUCUUCAGGUUUCCCUAACGUUACGGCUAUUUCUAUGAUUGAUAAGAAAGGUAGACGUUAUUUGACAAUGGGUGAAUUUCUUUCCAGAGGUGUUCCUACUUCUCUAGCUGGGUUUGUCUUGGUUAUUACGGUUGGUUAUGGUAUUAUGACUUCCAUCUUACACGGUAGAACAACACCAGCUACAUGA